GAUAACGCCCGCUCGCUUUCACGACAAUGCAGUAAACAAAGCUUCGUCAACUGACAGAAAAAACAUAUUGCAUUUCUCCUUCCUCGAAGUUUUUUUUCCUGUAAAAGGAAAACCUUGCCGAAAAGGAACUAAAUUCAAAGCGAGUCCUGCAAGAAGCAAGCGCAAACCAGAAACUUUAAUGGUGAUUACGAAUGGCCCUUCUCCGUCGAUUUCUCAAGAAUACGAAAGUUAUCUGCCUAAAACCCUCGUAUAGUCUUAAAUCCCUCUCAACUCUGCACACUCAUGGAUCAAUCAGUCCCCAGAGUUCAAACCGCAUACCUCCGUGGUUACUUAACCCUCCAGAGGUAAACUCAAAUCCGCAGGUCGGUAUUCUUGAUCUGCUUAGGAAAUAUCAGGCGUUCGGCCUUUGCGAUCCCGUGGUCGGUUAUCCAUCCCAGCAGUACGGAAAAGAAGCAGGGCUGUCAAAGCAUUUGGAACAAUGCCGCGCUUCGCAGAAGCUCCGAGAAGGUUCCGAGUCAGCUGUUGCAAAAUGUUUUGUAUCGACGUUUCUGGAAGGUUCUGGGACCGAAGAAGGCAUGAAGAUAUGGGCAGACAGUGUGAAGAAGAAGAGGAGAAAGAAAAUGAAUAAGCACAAAUACAAGAAGCUGCGGAAGCGCCUGCGCAGGAAGAGCAGAAAGAAAUGAGAAUUUUAGGUAUAUUGAAAUUUUUAAUAUUUUUUCCUUAAUGUACACGCUUCCAAGACAGAAUUCAAGGACACAUUUUUCUUGUAUUGGUCAUUCAUUGAGCACACAAAUUGCGAUGUUUUUUUAGUUCCAUUGACAUUUCACAAUUCCGUUGCGGAUUUGGAAAAUAAAUCAAUUGUCAAAAUUAUGAACGAUUGGUUUUUAAUCUAUUGAAAGAAUCGAUGGAUAACGGGAGA